AUGGGAAAGAGAGAAAAUACUGAAGACACACGUGGACAGUCAAAGAGAGCAAAGUGGUCAUGUCCACAAUGCGAUAAAACAUUUACACACAGAAAUACAUUGAAUCGACACCUCGGAGAACACGGUGACAAGAGAUGGAAAUGUAAUGUAUGUAACAAGGAGUUUGUAAGGAAAGAUCUUCUGACGAGGCAUAAAAAGUACCACGGCCAACCUAUUUAUACGUGUUGUGGAAAACCUUUCUAUAGGACUGACAAGUAUCGAGAACACGUCAAGUCGCAUAACAUCAUUGAGACUUGUGCCGGCAAUCGGGUUGAGAUCACCAAACCAAUGGAGAGAAACACAACCGACGCCUCGGAAGGGGAGGUAAUACCUACAGCUGGCAAAGAUAAGUCAACAGAUGAGGAAGACUGUUGGGAGGCAUUAGGAGGAGCUUUCAAGGUCAUGACUUUACCUGUUGAAGGAAUUGUGAAAUUUGAUCCAAUGUCCCUUUUGAAACAAAAAUACGAUGAUAUCAAGAGGAAAUUAGACAGGGCUGUCGUAGAGGGAGGCGUCAAAUGGUAUCUUUCUAUUCAAGUCCAGUUUUCGAAACCCAAAGGGGAGAAAGUGGAGCGCGUCACUCCUCAUUUCAGAGGGAAAUGUCAGAUCAGUCUCAAAUCCGAAGAUUUAGACGGGGCUAUGAAGGAAUCUAUCAAAAAGAUAUACUCUUCAUUUAUCGAGUAUCAGAGGCAGGGAAGUAACUGGACUCUCGACAAAGUUCUGAAAAUACAAAUACACUUGGCCCGCUACAAACCUCUGAAAGCCUCCAGUUACAUCCCUCUCCCGAACAAGCUAAGGACUAAACACGCCAUCAUCAACGUACAAAACAAGGACAAAAAAUGUUUCCUGUGGUCAGUGUUGGCGGCAUUACAUCCAACCAAGAAUCACCCAGAGCGUGUGAGCAAAUACAAACAGUUCGAGACUGAGCUUGAUUUCACAGGAAUUUCAUCUCCUGUGUCCAUGGCCGACAUUCCAAAAUUUGAGACACAGAAUCAAAUCAGUAUCAAUGUAUUGGGGUAUGAAAAAGGAAGUCUGUUUCCCGUUCACGUGACCAAAAAUCGCUACGAGAAACAUGUCGAUUUACUCAUGAUAUCUGACCAAAAAAAGUCACAUUACUGUUGGAUCAAAAAUGUGGAUCGGCUACUGAGCGACCAACACACGUGCAAAAACAAAUAUUUCCAUUGCAUUUAUUGCCUUCAGGGGUUUACUAAACAACGUAUUUUGAAUGAUCAUAUGCAUUACUGUCGCGAUCAUGGUACACAGAAAGUAGAUCUUCCGAAAGAGGAAGAUAAAUGGCUGUUCUACAAAGAUUUCAGGAAACAAAUGAAAGUCCCAUAUAUCAUAUACGCUGAUUUCGAAACGUUUCAAGUACCGAUAUCUGGUUGUUCCAAAGACCAAUGUACGUCCUACACCGAGAAAACGACACAUCACGUUCCCUCUAGCUUUGCGUACAAAGUAGUAGGCCUCACAAAGGAGACUUCUAAAACCCCUGUGGUCCAUAGAGGACAAGACGUCGCAGAUAAAUUUAUCGAAUGUAUGGUAAAGGAACAAGAAGAAAUCGAACAGCGCUUCAAACAUGUCGAGCGGUUGGUAAUGAGGGGCAAAGAUUGGCAAUUAUUCAAAAGAGCUACCAAAUGUCAUAUUUGUAAGAAAGACCUUGGGAAGGAAAGGGUACGCGACCAUUGCCACCAGACAGGACGAUUCAGGUCAGCCGCGCACAAGGAUUGUAAUAUUAAUUACAAAUAUACGGGACGAAUCCCCGUCGUCUUUCACAAUCUCAGAGGGUAUGCUUCCCAUCUGAUCAUGCAGGCCAUAGGUAAAAUCCAAAACAAGGAAAUCAAGUGCAUUCCCAACAACAUGGAGAAAUACAUCUCUUUUUCACUGGGAUGCAUGGAUUUCAUUGAUAGUUUCCAAUUUCUUCAAACUUCUCUGGAUAAACUGAUGAAAAAUUUAGCCAAAGAAGGAGCAGAAAAAUUCGAACACAUGAGCCAACGUUUUGGGACAGACAACCUCGAUCUAUUACUGCAGAAACAAGUCUACCCUUACGAUUAUAUUGAUGGACCUCACAGAUUCCAAGAAAGAGAACUGCCACCAAUUGAAGCAUUCCAUAGUAGCUUGUCGGGAGAGGGUAUUAAACAAGAGGCAUACGAGCAUGCGCUACGUGUAUGGGGAAGCUUCCAGAUUCAAGAUCUCGGUCAGUACUCCGAUCUGUAUGUUAUUUCAGAUGUCCUAGGCCUCGCUGAUGUUUUUGAAAAUUUCCGAAAUCUAUGUCUAGACUCAUACGGUCUAGAUGCGGCUCAUUUUUAUACAUCACCAGGUCUAGCCUGGCAAGCAGCACUCAAAAUGACUGAAGUCCAGCUGGAGCUCCUCACUGAUAUCGAUACACAUUUGUUUAUCGAAAAAGGUCUGAGAGGUGGCAUCUCAAUGAUAACCCAUCGGCAUGCGGAGGCGAACAACACACACGUCCCAGCUUAUGACCCCAACAAAGACACUGAAUAUAUUGCAUAUUUAGACGCAAACAAUCUGUAUGGAUGGGCUAUGUCACAACCCCUUCCAACUCAUGACUUUGGUUGGCUAAAAGAUCAAGAAAGAGAAAAAUUCGACGUGACAGGUAUUUCAGAUGAUUCACAAGUGGGUUACAUCCUAGAAGUAGAUCUAGAUUAUCCCUGUGAGCUCCACGAUCUGCACAAUGACUACCCAUUGGCCCCGGAGCGAAUACAAGUUACUGCAGACAUGCUAUCACCAUAUGCCUCCAAAUUACUAGAAGAUCUGGAAUUAAAAGGGACAUCGACUGGAAAACUUGUUCCUAAUUUGAACCCCAAAACGAAAUACGUUUUACAUUAUCGCAACCUCAAACAAUAUCUCUCGUUGGGUAUGAAAUUGACCAAAGUCCACCGAGUGCUCUCCUUCCAACAAUCACCGUGGCUCAAGACAUACAUCGAUUUCAAUACGGAGAGAAGAAAGAUGGCUAAGAAUGACUUCGAAAAGGACUUCUACAAACUUAUGAAUAACAGUGUGUUUGGGAAGACUAUGGAAAAUCUGAGGAAACGAGUGGAUGUGAAAUUAGUCAACAGCCAAAAGAAGGCACGGAAGCUAACCUGCAAGCCAUCUUUCCACGCAUUUAAAAUAUUUUCUGAAGAGCUUGUCGCAGUUCAUAUGCUGAAGCAGAAAUUGUACCUCAACCGACCUAUCUACGUAGGCUUCAGUAUUCUCGAUAUCUCUAAAACCCUCAUGUACGAUUUCCACUACAACUAUAUCAAGUCAAAGUAUGGAUCCAAGGCAACACUGCUCUUCACAGAUACGGACUCCCUGGCAUAUGUCUUACGCACGGACGACCUAUACGAGGACAUGUUGCAGGAUCUACACCGUUUUGAUACGUCAGAAUAUGACAAAGACCACCCACUUUACAGCCUGACGAACAAAAAGGUACUUGGAAAGAUGAAAGAUGAAACGCAUGGAAACGCCAUACAUGCCUUCAUUGGGUUAAAAUCAAAAAUGUACGCCUAUGUCUACGACACAACAUCAACGACCGAGGUGGAUGGAGAGCUUGUUAAAACUACAAGUCAUGUUGAGACUAAAAGAGCCAAAGGAAUAAAGAAAAGCGUUGUAAAGAAUCAAACACGCUAUCAGCAAUAUAAGGAAUGCUUAUUUGAUCGUAAGUUACACAUGUCAAACAUGACACAGAUAGGAAGUUAUGACCAUCAAUUGUACAAUAUUAACACGAACAAGAUUGGUUUGUCGCCGUUCGACGACAAACGAUAUCUACUCGACGAUGGGAUAACUAGUUAUGCAUAUGGCCACUGGAGGAUUUCGAAGUAG